UCCCAAAACCGGAGCAUAUCCCCAGCUAAACCCACCUCGCAUCGCAUCAGCAACAAAGUGCCCCAAGCAACCUCCCCUCCUCCCCCUCCUCCUCCUCGAGCUCCCUCGUUCCCUCCACUACCCCGCACGCGCCGCCACCAUACGCCACGCACCACCACCAACCCAAGAAGCUCUCCCUUCCUUCUUCCUUCUUCCUUCUUCCGUCUUCUUUCUCUCUGGCAGGCACAAGAGUAGGUGCCCCCGGCCGGCAUCGAGAUUCGAGACCAACCAUGUCGGCGUCGCCCGAGUUCUACAAGCCGGCGCCGGCCUUCUCCCCGUGCCGCUCGCCGCUUGCCCCGCGCGGAGACGUCGCCGCAGGAGCGGCCGGCGGAGCAGGAGGAGCGGACCAGCAGGCAGGCGCGUGGGAGGAGCAGUGCUGCCGGACGCCGACAGGCGCCGGGAGCGAGCUGAAGCAGGCGUCCGCGACGUGCCCGCCGGCGCCGAGGAAGCCGCGGGCGCCGGCCGCGCCGUGCCGGAAGCGGCUGUUUGAGGUGGAGGUGUUCAGCCUGCGGCUGGAGGAGCUGGAGCGCCUCUUCUGGCGCCCGCACGCGCCGCCGCCGCCGCCCGAGAAGAAGGCCAAGCUCAAGCGCCGCAGGGUGGCGCCGCCGAGCGCCUCGCCGUCGCCGGGGCCCAGCAAGAGCUAGCUCGCCAGCAGGACGCGCGCCUCCCGGCCGGCCAAGCCGCUUUGGCCUGCCGGUGCUGGUCGCGGUAGGCAGCUAGUGUAAGAUUUGGUACCGCGUUUUUACUGCUGUACUCGUGCUCUAUGCUACUACUACUCGAUUAGGUCAGUUCGUGGUACCCGUAGCUAGGUAGCAGUAGUAGCAGGAGCAGUUCUUUCUUUUUACUGUAUGUGAUACCCCGUAGCGCCGUGGGCAAUGGAGUAAUAGUACUAGUGGUAAACUUGUAACAGGUUAAAUUUCCUUCUUCCAUAGUGUAAUAAUAGGUUUAAAUUCCCUUCCAUGGAGAUGGAGUGCAGGCUGUAUAGAUGUGUAAUGAGACGCUCGAUCGAUGCUGUAUCUGCCUAUGUACCAGUCCAAGCAGUCUCGUUCCCAAUACAAGCACUCCAUACUGCUUAUUUGUUCUUCA